AUGCCCGCCGCUGUCUUCGCCUCUUCCGUUCAGCGAUCUCUUCUCUCGUCUUCGCUGCGCCGUGUCGCUGUUAGUUCAUCCGCCAUCCGCCCUGUCCGAGCUUCCUUCGGUGCCAUCCAAACCAUCUCUCCCUUCGCCGUCCGCACAAUGGCUUCCCACCAGAAGAUCAAGGUCAAGAACCCUGUCGUCGAGCUCGACGGCGAUGAGAUGACCCGCAUCAUCUGGCAGGUCAUCAAGGAUAAGCUCAUCCUUCCUUACCUCGACAUCGACCUCAAGUACUAUGAUCUUGGUCUUGAGUACCGUGAUGAGACCAACGAUCAGGUCACCAUCGAUGCCGCCGAGGCUAUCAAGAAGUACUCCGUCGGUGUCAAGUGUGCUACCAUCACCCCCGAUGAGGCUCGUGUCGAGGAGUUCAAGCUGAAGCAGAUGUGGCUUUCCCCCAACGGAACCAUCCGAAAUGCCCUUGGUGGUACCGUCUUCCGUGAGCCCAUUGUCAUCCCCCGCAUUCCCCGUCUUGUUCCUGGAUGGAAGAAGCCCAUCAUCAUUGGCCGUCAUGCCUUUGGUGACCAGUACCGCGCCAAGGAUGCUGUCCUGCCCGGCCCUGGUAAGCUCUCCAUGGUUUACACACCCGAGGGUGGCCAGCCUCAAGAGAUUGAGGUCUUCCAGUUCAAGAACGGCGGUGGUGUCGCUCAGACCCAGUACAACACCGACGAGUCCAUCACUGGUUUCGCUCACGCUUCCUUCAAGCUGGCUCUUGACAAGGAGCUCCCUCUCUACAUGAGCACCAAGAACACCAUCCUCAAGAAGUACGAUGGUCGAUUCAAGGAUAUCUUCCAGGAGAUCUACGAGUCCACCUACAAGAAGGACUUCGAGGCCAAGAAGAUCUGGUACGAGCACCGUCUCAUUGACGACAUGGUCGCCCAGAUGAUCAAGAGCUCUGGCGGUUACAUCAUGGCCCUCAAGAACUACGACGGUGAUGUCCAGUCCGACAUUGUCGCUCAGGGUUUCGGCUCUCUCGGUCUCAUGACCUCCGUUCUCAUCACCCCUGAUGGCAAGACUUUCGAGUCUGAGGCUGCCCACGGUACUGUCACUCGCCACUACCGUGAGCACCAGAAGGGCAACGAGACCUCCACCAACCCCAUUGCCUCCAUCUUCGCCUGGACCCGUGGUCUCAUCCAGCGUGGCAAGCUCGAUGACACCCCCGAGGUUGUUGCCUUUGCCGAGAGCCUCGAGCAGGCUUGCAUUGACACUGUCGAUAUUGACGGUAUCAUGACCAAGGAUCUUGCCCUUGCCACUGGCAAGUCUGAGCGCAAGGACUAUGUCACCACCAACGAGUACAUGGAUGCCGUUGAGCGCCGCCUCAAGCGAACCCUCAAGGAGAAGCUGUAA